UGGCCGGGACUUGGCGUGACGUGAGGAAGCGAGCCAAGCGGCUGCAGGCAGCUCGUGAGAUUUCCCGUCAGCCUCUGGGCAAAAACAGCGAAGGCGAGGGCGAGGGCUGCUGAGACGACGAGAGGGCGAGGGAUGGCGGAGAACAACUCGGAAAGCAGCGGCUCCGUUCACCGCCGGUGUUUGAGUCAUUGUUCGGCGGAGAGAAGCCCCCCGCCCGGCGCGGGCUCGUCUAAGUGGAUUCGGCUGAACGUCGGCGGGACCUAUUUUUUAACAACCAGACAGACCUUGUGUCGAGAUCCCAAAUCGUUUCUUUACAGGCUGAGCCAAGCGGACCCGGAGCUCGAUUCCGACAAGGACGAAACCGGUGCCUAUCUCAUCGACAGAGACCCGACUUACUUUGGGCCGGUGCUCAACUACUUGCGGCACGGCAAGCUGGUGCUCAACAGGGACUUGGCAGAGGAAGGCGUCCUGGAAGAAGCCGAAUUUUACAACAUCACAUCAUUAAUAAAGCUCAUCAAGGACAAGAUCAGGGAACGCGACUGCAAGACAUCGCAGGCAUGUCGCGGCUCUUUUGCCUUUUCGUCUUCUUUCAACUCGGCCUUGAACCUUUUUUUUUGCUUUCAGGUGCCAGUGAAGCACGUGUACCGAGUGCUUCAGUGCCAGGAGGAGGAACUGACCCAGAUGGUGUCGACCAUGUCGGACGGCUGGAAGUUUGAACAGCUCGUCAGCAUCGGCUCCUCUUACAACUACGGCAACGAAGACCAAGCCGAGUUCCUGUGUGUUGUCUCCAAGGAGUUGCACAAUCAAUCCUACGGGACAAACAGCGAGCCCAGCGAGAAGGCCAAGAUUCUUCAGGAAAGGGGUUCCCGUAUGUGAGGACGACUGAGUAUUAGGAGUUCCAGGUGUUAUGAUGCAAACAUAUCAUUCUCGUGGAAAACUAUUUGGCACAAGAGGAGAUUCAAGCGGGGAGGGGAGAGAAAGGGGAGGAGGGGGGUUGUGCAUUUAUUUUCUGUUUCCCUCCAUCUUUGUUUUUUUUUUUUUAGGGGAGGGGUUGUUUUUGAUGUAAAUAUGACUGCUUACUGACAAUUGGUGCCUGUACAUUUGAACUGGAACUUAUCAACUUGAGGCAGGUCUCUCUCUUUUUUUUUCUUCCUCGCUCUUCUUCCCCCCCUUUUUUUUAACUAAUUGAAAAAAAAAAUGGCUGUCAUCAUAUCGGCCAGUGAUUUCUCUCAGGGUCAUCUAUCCAUCGAUCUUGACUUAAUGAUAUCCUCCAACUUGAUCUUGCAAGGGAUCCGGACGCUCUUUGUGUUUCAAAAGCGUCCCAUUGUUUGGAGAUGGCAAGAAGGGAAUUAGCAUUUCUUUUAAGAAAAAGACAACGACCUGAAGUCAAAUCACUUUUUGAUGUUAAUUUUUUUUAAUUUUUAUUUUUAAAGGCAGCUUCACCGCCGUUAGUGGUCAUGGUACCUACUGUAUCAUUGUGUAGCGCCAUGCACUGUCUUCCAACAAGGCCUCUUCACUUGGCAGAUGCACGUGGUAAGAAUAGUUCCGAACCUUUUCUCUGCACUUAGAUAGGACAUUUUAGAGUCAAGAUUGCUGCAGCUCAUUUAAAAAAAAAAUAUAUAUAUACGGUUUUAAGUCAUUGAAUUGGAGACAUCAUGUUCAUACGUUGGAAGUGAACUGCUUCAUAUGAUGUAGUUCUGUUUUAACAUUUGUGUUGUCCAGUGUCAGGAACAUCCUUUUUCUUUUUUCUGCCAGAUUGACUUUUUGGUUCUAUUGUUUUUGUUUGAGGGAGCAUCUCUUUUUUAUAUCAGGGCCUAGAAGAAGUAUUUGGGGGGUGGGGGUCGUAGGAGGAUUGUGGACUGGAAUUUUUUUUUUUUUGGAGGACAAUGAACAAAAUCUCUGUUCAUAUCCAGAGAAUUUAGUUUUAGUGUAAAUAAUUUUUAAAAAAACAAUAUUGAUAUUUAACUAUUUUAAAGAAAAAAAAUAAUGCACGUUUUGUACACUGUAUAGAAAAACAUGACUUCAAAUGGAAGUUGUUAUUCUGGAUCCUUUUUUUUUUUCCAACAAGAAAAGACCUUCCGUUUUUGCAUAGUUUGUACAGGAUUGAAGAGAUUUGAGAUUGAACAAGGUGUCUUCACUGAGAACAUGCCUCUACAUGUUUUAUUAAUAACAAAGCCAAACUUGGCUUUGAAGUUGACUGUUACAUGAUUUUUUUCUUCUUCUCCUGCCGUGCGAUAGAUUCUACUCAACAUUUUUGAAAUGUGUAGUUAAUACACAGCAUUACAUGCACUACAGUUGGAGGGGAAAAAAACGACACUGUGCACAUUGCGAACAGCCUGUAAUGUUAUUUGUAUAUGCUGAAAUUUCACAACUUUUUUUUUAAAUGCUUAUUUUUGGGUUUGAUGUGCAGUUUUGAUAGGUUGAAAUAUUUCACUCACAAUUAAUCAUUUGGUGUUGCCUUGUUUUCCUCUCCCCAAAUGACCAAAAUCUAAUGUCUUACGUGAAUUGCACACAUUGAUCUUUAGUGUCAGGGAAGAGCAAACUUUUUAUUAUUGCCGGCACACUUUGUACAUAUGGACUCGUUAACAACACUUCCAUGUAUUCACACAAACACUUGACUAAAACUGUUUUCUAAGUAUGGAUGCAUGUUUUUUUUAAAUAUAUAUAGAUACACAUUUCCCCUCACACAAGGGCUUUUUAAGUAAAAAAAAAAAUUAGCAAAGGGGGUCUCUCGGAGUAGACUGGAUAUUGCAGAAUAUCCAAGUGCUAGGCCGUGUUUACAUUUGCUCGAGUAUUCUAAAACCUUCCAACGUGUGUUCUGUGUUGCGCUCCCUGAUGCAUGUCAAAGGUGUGUGAGACCGCACCUGUGGUAACAAGCACUCCGCGUGAAGUGACCACACAAAGAUGCUGACUGAUGUUGUGACACUCCAUCCGCCAGGGCUCCAGGAUUUUUUUUUCCCCUCUCCUCUGGGCUUGAAAAAAAAAAUUAUAAAUAUAUUUUAGACUAUCAAAUGGAAUGCUGGAGAGGCUAAAGUGGGGUUACACGGGUUUCUGAUAGGUUUAUAGGGCCCCCAGAACACCAGAGUAGCGCCAUCCCUGCCAUCUGCCCACUCGAGCGUUGCAGACAAUCUUGAUUGCCGCCCUCCUGUUGGCAUUGAUGAAAUUUACCUCUAUGGGUUUUGAACAGUGUUUUUAUUUUUAGGUGGGAGCGUACCUUUGCAGUGAGAUUUUCUAAUUUUCCUGUGUGGUUGUGUAAUCUCAGUGAAGGUGUUCUGAGGAGGCCUUCCGACGCCUCAGGAUGAUUCUUGGGGACCAUCGCCAUCUUGUGGCAUGUGUAAUAUAAUAAUUAUGUUUGAUGGGAAAUCAUGUCAAAGCUGUAGCCUACUACUCUUAAGUGCCCUGUUUGUUUUUGCAUUUAAAGUCAUAAGCCACAAACCACCGAGAUGCAUGAUUCAAGAUAACAUGUUAUGUUUGUGAAAGAAUGCAAUGUCAACUCCCCACCCCCCACCCUCCACAUACGAUCUGACAGUUACGUCGAUGAUUGUUUUCAUAUCACUAAGUACAUCACUUCUAUAUGAUCUUAUGCAAUGUGUAUAAACUAUGAAUUAGAUAAAGGGGAUAAAUCUAUUGUGGUCUUGAGAAAGGUGAAGCCAAUAAAAAAAGUUGUCAUUCA